GCAGGCGCCGCCGAGCCCUGCCUGGAUGCUCAGUCAAGGCACUAAGGCAAAAAAAAAAAUCAGCAAUUUAUAGAAAGAAGAAGCUAUAGUCUGUCGGGAUAUCCAACACCAACAGUAGGGCUUAUUGAGAGCUCCAUUUCUGGAAAGCGUUGCAAGACUGAGGAAUAUCAGACUGCGAAUCACCGGGAACAGUUCCCUUGCAGCACAGAAGCAAUCUCUCCCCAUCUUCGCAUAUUCUGAUGGCAAAUCAAAUGGAAGAAAAGAGGAAGCAUGACUGCAGAUCCGAUCAGUUCUCUUUGUGGAUUACAUUUUCAGUAAAAUGUAUGGAUAUAUCUUUUCCUUGUUCUUAUAUCUAGAUCAUGAGACUUGACUGAGGCUGUAUCUUUAUCCUCCAUCCAUCUAUGGCGAACUAUAGCCAUGCAGCUGACAACAUUUUGCAAAAUCUCUCUCCUCUAACAGCCUUUCUGAAACUGACUUCCUUGGGUUUCAUAAUAGGAGUCAGCGUGGUGGGCAACCUUCUGAUCUCCAUUUUGCUAGUGAAAGAUAAGACCUUGCAUAGAGCACCUUACUACUUCCUGUUGGAUCUUUGCUGUUCAGAUAUCCUCAGAUCUGCAAUUUGUUUCCCAUUUGUAUUCAACUCUGUCAAAAAUGGCUCUACCUGGACUUAUGGGACUCUGACUUGCAAAGUGAUUGCCUUUCUGGGGGUUUUGUCCUGUUUCCACACUGCUUUCAUGCUCUUCUGUAUCAGUGUCACCAGAUACUUAGCUAUUGCCCAUCACCGCUUCUAUACAAAGAGGCUGACCUUUUGGACGUGUCUGGCUGUGAUCUGCAUGGUGUGGACUCUGUCUGUGGCCAUGGCAUUCCCCCCAGUUUUGGAUGUGGGCACUUACUCAUUCAUUAGGGAAGAAGAUCAAUGUACCUUCCAACACCGCUCCUUCAGGGCUAAUGAUUCCUUAGGAUUUAUGCUGCUCCUUGCCCUCAUCCUCCUAGCUACACAGCUUGUCUACCUCAAGCUGAUAUUUUUUGUCCACGACCGAAGGAAAAUGAAGCCAGUCCAGUUUGUAGCAGCAGUCAGCCAGAACUGGACUUUUCAUGGCCCUGGAGCCAGUGGCCAGGCAGCUGCCAAUUGGCUAGCAGGAUUUGGAAGGGGUCCCACACCACCCACCUUGCUGGGCAUCAGGCAAAAUGCAAACACCACGAGCAGAAGAAGGCUAUUGGUCUUAGAUGAGUUCAAAAUGGAGAAAAGAAUCAGCAGAAUGUUCUAUAUAAUGACUUUUCUCUUCUUAACCUUGUGGGGCCCCUACCUGGUGGCCUGUUACUGGAGAGUUUUUGCAAGAGGGCCUGUAGUACCAGGGGGAUUUCUAACAGCUGCUGUUUGGAUGAGUUUUGCCCAAGCAGGAAUCAAUCCUUUUGUCUGCAUUUUCUCCAACAGGGAGCUGAGGCGCUGUUUCAGCACAACCCUUCUUUACUGCAGAAAAUCCAGGUUACCAAGGGAACCUUACUGUGUUAUAUGAAGGAGCAUCUGUAAAUCUUUAGCCUUGUGAAACACUAACCUUCUCUGCUAAGCAAUUGUGGCCUGUAGCCAUUUCUUGAGAAGAAAAUCAAGAAUGGGAUCAGCAGUUAUAAGGAUUUGGGCAACACUCUGCAGUCUUUGCAAUAGUUCACCUAUAAUCCUAUUUUAAAUCUCAGAGUGAUCCUGCUGACUGCCGGCGAAGGUUUGUAAUUAAGAAAGGACUGAACCACUGCCCUAAGUUUCUUUAUGUGGUUGAAAACUAGAUAAUGAAAGUAGCAGGUGCUAAGUAUCAGUGCUAAACGCUGUGUAUAUCACUACUUAUGAAAAAACAUCAAAAAAAACAAUUAGCAUUGGACAUCUUAAUAAAUUAAGUUGACAUGAGGUAAAUGUGUUGAUAAAAACUAAUUUUAGAAGUUUGAAGACUUAAAACAUUUCAUACUAUUAUUGUUUUGCAAGGACUAAAAUAUUUGGGGACUUAAAGUACUGUAAUUCACUAAAGACAUGCCAUGAAUUAUUGGAUUACCACACUUUAAAAAACUCGCCUUGUAAGUUUUGGGGAGCAUUCCAAAGCAGUAUAUUCGUUCCAAUUAGAGUUUACUUUUUUUGUAUUAAUACAUUACUGUUUCAAAAUACCACUUUCCUUACCUACUAGUGAAAUUGCUAGCAUCGAACUGUAUUAUGUGGUUUUUGUUGAUUUGGUAUAAAGUUUUUGCAAUUCAUCUAUAUUUUACAAAUACUAGAUACUGGUCUGGGAGGCAACAUUAAUGGUUCCAACCGGUCACAAUUGAGCAGUUCUAAUAAUGCAGAAUAAACACAUGUUGCCUUAAAGGAUUAUCUAGUAUCUUUCAUCUUAUUUAGCAUUGGAGCAAAUUGGAGUCAUGGGAAAUUGAAUCAGUAACUGGUCAUGGUCAUGCAACUGGAAGUGCAUGGACCACCAUUUAAUACUCUUUUUCCUUUUUCCUCACAUGGUUUGAAAAUUAAGGUGCACAUCACUGGGAUAAUGAGAUUUUCUUCUGAGUUGUGCUACCCAUUCUAGUGUGUUCUAAGAAGCAGGCAGUUGAUGUGUGUUUAUAUUUUAAGUCAGCUGUCAAGGGGAGACCACCGCCUUAGUAUGACAUCCUGCACAAUUUGUAAAGCCUUUAUUCUACCGAAGGCACAGUCUUGUUUAUACUUUCUGCACAUUCAGUGUAUUGGUCGUUUAAAUUAUUUCAGUUUUAACUUGUGAAAGCUUAUAAUAUGAUUUCUAGUAUUUCAGAAAUACAUUAGAGUCUGUGAGUCUCAUUCUUCAAGAUACAGAUGUGUGAAUUUCAAUAUAAAGUUGCAUUUGCCAAAA